AUGCCUGCCACGUACUCCAACCUCAAGCGCAACCUGACGAGCGGCUCCGGCGCAACCUUCUUGCGGGCAAAGCACCCGGGCCGGAACCUGUACAUGCUGCCCGGCGGCGUCGCCGAGAUCUUCACGGCGCAGCCGGCAAGGCGCGGGCUCUGCCGCCUCGCGCUCGAGACGGGCGCGCGGCUGACGCCGAUGUACGUGUUUGGGGGCAACGACUUCUACUUCCAGUCCCUCACGUCUCGGCCUUUGGCUGGGCAGUCAGGGAGCGAGGGCCCGUCCUCUCCUGACUGA